AUGAGUGGCUUCAGUUUCAAAGGCCUAACGAUCCCCUUUCUCCUUGUGCUCCUAGUCAUGUGUUCCACCUUGGAUAUCUGUGAUGCUGGAAGAGGAUGGGAUUGGAGGGCAGGUGAUGAAGGGAAGUCUGGUGGAGGGUCGAGUCCCACAAACCCAAGCCAAUUAACAAAACCAAAACCAAGACCGAUUCCGAGUCCAACACCUAAACCAAAACCACAACCGAGCCCGAGCCCGAUUCCACCAGCCCCACAUGGAACGGCAUUUGACGUGCUAGAUUUUGGAGCUAAGGGCGAUGGCACAACUGAUGACACCAAGGCUUUCCAGGCUGCGUGGGCAGCUGCUUGUGAGGUGGAGGCAUCAAGGGUGGUUGUUCCUUCCAAAUAUGAGUUCCUUGUUGGCCCAGUCUCGUUCGAUGGGCCUACUUGUCAAGACAAUAUUGUGUUUCAGUUGGAUGGCACAAUCAUUGCUCCAACGGACCCCAAGCCAUGGGGCUCAGGCCUGUUACAGUGGCUCGAAUUCAGAAAGCUGAGAGGACUCACAAUCCAAGGGCAAGGCAUCAUUGAAGGCCAAGGCAACGCCUGGUGGAGUAACAAAUCUCUAUUUGAUGAUAACGCACAACCAAGUAACGAGCUUAGUGGAAAGAUGCCCCACACCACACCAACGGCUCUGAGGUUGUAUGGAAGCAACAAUGUAACAGUCACUGGCAUUACAAUUCGGAACAGUCCACAGUGCCACCUCAAGUUUGAUAGCUGUGACACAGUUGAGGUUUCUGAUAUCACCAUCUCUUCCCCAGGUGACAGCCCCAACACUGAUGGCAUCCAUCUCCAAGACUCUCUGAAUGUUUUCAUCCAUGACGUCGACCUGGGCUGUGGUGAUGACUGCAUCUCCAUCCAAACAGGAUGCUCUAGUAUCUACAUGCACAACAUAAAUUGUGGGCCAGGCCAUGGAAUUAGCAUUGGAGGGCUUGGUAAGGAUAACGCUGAAGCUACCGUCUCCAACAUCACAGUCCAAGGUGCCAAUAUGGACAACACAUUGACCGCUGUUAGAAUCAAAACCUGGCAGGGUGGUUCAGGCUAUGUUAAGAACAUAAGAUUUGCAAAUGUUAAGGUCUCCGAGGUACAGACACCUAUAAUCAUCGAUCAGUUCUACUGUGAUUCCGGCCGAUGCAAGAAUCAAUCAUCAGCAGUGGCAUUGUCAGAGAUCACAUAUGAGGGCAUCAGAGGGACUUACACAGUCCAACCAGUGCACUUGGCAUGCAGUGACAACAUACCAUGUUCGAACAUUCACUUAAAUGAUAUAGAACUUGAACUGCUAAACCAACAUGAGCAUGUUUAUGAACCCUUCUGCUGGCAAGCCUAUGGGGAGCUGCAAAGCCCCACCGAACCUCCGAUCAACUGCUUGCAUAGUGAAAAGUUAAAGAUCAACCAGAUACAUUCUGAUCAGGGUUCGAACUAAUCAGACCUCAUUCCUAGCUACAUAUGUGUAGGUGUGCGGUCGUUGUGAUU